AUGACACUGAAAUCGCUUUCACCAUUGAUAAAUCUUGUUCAAUUACGUAGUCUAUGUUUAUGGAAUCAUGAUGAAAAAUUAUCGAAUCCAAUGUGUAAUACAACAUUUUAUUAUCAAGAUGUACUUAAUAAUUUUCCCACUUUACAAGUAUUAGAUAAUAAAUGGAUACAUGGAACAUGUAAUGAAUUUUUUCAAAAUAGUGCCACUUUAGAGACACAAAUUGAAACACUUGAAAAUAAAAAUACUAAUUUUAUAAAUAAAAAUCAACAUGUUGAAAAUACAAACCAAUUAUCAUCAUCAUCAACAACAUCACUUAACGAGAAAGUGAUGUUUUUAAAAGAGACACGUGAUGAUUAUGACAAUGUGUUAAAAUUAAUUCAAGAAACAGAAGACAGUUUUAAAAAAUAA